AUGAACUCAAGUGGUUACUAUAAAUACUUUUCGGGUAUUGACCAGAGAGAGAAGAAGAAAGCAAACAACAACAACAACGUUAUCAACAUACUUGAAAAAGAACAAGAUGAGAUUAGUAGUAGUAGUAGUAGUUUUGGAGUAGGUCACCGUCAACAACAACAAGCACACCAAGUAGAUGACAACGACGAUGAUAGAAACAAUGCAGACGUAGAUUAUUUUGGUAAUGCUACUCAGGUCUCUUCAGCUGAUGAUAAUAAUCAAUCUGAUGAGGAUGAGGAGGAGGAAGAUGAAGAUGAAGAUUAUUACUAUGAAUCUAAAUUAAAGAAUCAACAAAGAAGAAAUAGUAAUAGAAAAUUAGAGAGGAGUAUCAAUGAUGAAGGGUACAGUAGUGGGAAACAUUUCCCAGUAAAGUGA